UCCGACAGCCCUCGAUGUGUAUAUCGAGGAUGUAAGAAACCGCAACCAAAAUGGCUACCGCUGGUCCGAAUUUUACCGCUGAAGAUGCGAAAGCUGCAAUGCGCGAUAUUCUUGAGGCAUUCCACAUGCCAGAGAAUGAUGCACGGAUCCAAGAAGCCAGGGACAAUGCGGGGAAUGACAUGCUGAAGAUGAUGCAGAUUGUUUUCCCUAUCACAACGCAGAUACAGAUGGAUGUGGUGCAGAAAUAUGGAUUCUCUGCUGACGGAGAAGGAAUCAUUCAAUUUGCCCAUGCGGUGAAAAUCUUUUCAAAACAUGAUGCUGAUCUCGCCCAGUUGAACUCUGAAUUGAUCAGCUUCGUGAUCCCACAGAUGGAUUCACCACCAGCUCCGCUAAGCCAGCCACAAACAAGCACUGGGGCACAAGCAGCGGCUAACUCGUGAUGCGCAACAAAACUUAUAAAGAACUGCUUGACAGUGAAGAGUACAUAGUGACGCAAGGUUUCCAUUACCGUGGGAAACUGCUUUGUAGUCGGUUACAUUUGCCAAGCCAUAAACUUGCAUCGAAAUUAAACCAGCAGCUGUAAAAAAACGUGCAGUUUCCUGCGUUGUCGGGCUGUUCCCACUGUUGUGGAAAUUGGACACUAGCUGACAUUCAAAAUGUAGGUCACUUGUUCUGGCAUGGCAGGAUUUUCAUCACAUGGAACUUAGCUUAUUGUGACAUUCUCCAAAAGCUAAUAUUGGAGUAACAUACAUGUAAUACUCAUUAUUAUGGUGCUUUGUGAAUCUGUGGCUGAAGUGAUUUUUGUUGGGUAUAGAGUAUUCCUUUGGAGUUUACAGGAACUGAAGCAUAAGGAAAUAUGGUUAUGAUCUUGAUCUUUGGGGAAAGUUUGGAAUAUACUGUUAUGUCUUGUACCUGUAUCGUAACUUAUACUUUUUUUAAUGAGUUCAUGAUUUAGUCAUGAUUUAGUCAUGAUUAAAUAAAUGUCUAUGA